AUGUCCAACAAAUUUCGUUCUGUCAAGUGGCUGGUGAACAACAACUACGCGCCGCAGGUGUAUCUAUUCAGAAAUAUCGAGUCUGGCCAGGUUGCCUACUCUCAGCUUCCUCACAUCAACACAUAUCAACUCAAGACCCAAUGGUGGCGCCCUAACUGGGAAAACCGCAAACCAUCUAAACGGCGUGACAUUUGGAGGGUGAUGGCCGUGGCCACAUUCGAAGACCAUGAAAAGGCUUUGAAAGCCUACAACGCCCUGGUCGAGUUGAGAUAUAUGAGAGAGGUGACCAAAAGAAAAGAAGCAGAAUCACUCCGUAAACGCAACAGUGAUGGAAAUAUCUGGUAUUACGCCCAAUAUAGGCCCACGUACUCGAUGGAGUCAGUGGCCGACUUAUCAGAGGUCAUAGACCAGUUCAAGUUCAAGACCAAGAUUCACUGGGAAGAUAUAUGGAGGAAAGGAGAAGACAAGCAUUGGAGCGCAGAGCUAGCUGAGCAUAUCGAAUUGCCCAAGUUCAAUCCCAGAGAACGGUUUGCUGUGCUGGAUCAAUUGAGAGAGGAAACCUUGAGGGAAGCGAAGGAAACGAAGGAGAUUGUUUAG